AGAAAGAAAGAAAGAAAGAAGCGAAAAAAUCUUCGGUGGAUGAAAAGCAUGGAUAUCAGAUUAGAAAUGACAUGGAAAUCCUCGAUCAGUUUCAAGAUCCCUCUUGAUGGUCUCGAGCAUGCGUGAUUCGUUGUUGCGAAUACACAAAUGCCCAUUCACGACCGCUAUCCUUGUAGUUAUUCAUCGAUAAGCUGCCGCUACGUUUCGGAUACGUUAUGGCAGCGAGACAUUUGCUCCUCACCGCUCUAGCCUAUUUUAUAACAUCAAAUACAUUUGUUCAGUCGGAGAUAUUCACGGCCUUGUCCCAUGUGGAGCGGUUGAUAAACAUAGAGAUGGAACUCACUGACGCGCUGGAAGAAUAUCUCAUCGAACAAGAAUCACGGCUUAAUAGAUUGAGAUCUUUCCACCAGGAUCUGAAGUUGGUGAUGGAUCAAGCAAAGUAUAAUAGGGAGGCUUACAUUGGCCAUCCAGUGAAUACUUAUUUAAUGAUCAAACGGCUUGUGAAUGAGUGGAAACCACACGUGAAGGCGAUCCAAGAGGAGGGAGACGCUGAAGGUUUACUCAUCGACAAGUUGGAGGGCUAUCGCGAACACAUUCCCGGACAAGACGACUUGGAGGGAGCCAUGGCCGCCAUUAAACGUCUACAAGAUGUCUACAACCUUAAAGCACAAGACUUUACUAGAGGUAAAUACAGUAUAGUGACUGAAUCGGGCUCCCUGAUAACUGCUAUGGACGCAUUUAAAUUUGGCCGCGGAGCGUAUUUGUCGGAAGAUAUGGAGAACACUCGGCAAUGGAUGGUUGCUUCGUUACAAAUAUUGGACCUGGAACCUAAUAACCCAAAAGAGAAACCAAGUCGAUUCUCCGUGCUAGAUCAUCUAGCCUGGUCCUCUUUUAAGCUUGGGGAUGUGAAAAGUGCGAUAAAUUACACCCUAGAGGCCCUUAAAGUCGUGCCUAAUCAUGAUCGAUCUUUGACAAAUCUUGGCAACUUUAAGGAAUAUCAAAGGCUUAAUGGCGGAGAUAAAUCUCAGAAACCUAAAGAACAGGAACGAAAAUUCAGUUAUCUGGCGACGAAGAUUCCUCAGUCGACACUGAAGAUCUUUGAUUGGUUUGAGGAGAGACGUAUUUUUAAGAAAUUGUGUCGAGGAGAUACAAUGCCGCGUUCCCCUCAAAGCCCAGAGAGACUUAGAUGCUAUUAUAAGACAGGUCACCCACUCUGCACUAUCAAAAGGUGUCCUAUCGAAGUUGUCUUCACUAACCCAGACAUCAUGAUUUUCCAUCAGAUCAUGACCGAUGCUGAGAUCGAUAAAGUCAUAACAAUAUCGAAACCUUUGUUAAACCGGGCGACUGUUCAUAAUCCAGUAACAGGAAAAUUAGAGUUCGCUCAUUACAGGAUAAGCAAAAAUUGUUGGUUAAGCGGAAGACAUGAUCCACUUAUUGACCGCGUCAACCGACGGAUGACAGCGUUGACUGGACUUAACUUAGAAACUGCUGAGGAUUUCCAGGUGCAAAAUUAUGGAUUAGCAGGACAUUACGAUCCCCACUUUGACUUCUCAAGGGAUCUUCAGAAUUCCUCAUUAGGCCAACUUGGAACAGGAAACAGAAUAGCAACAGUUCUUCUUUAUAUGAGCGACGUGGAGGCUGGAGGCGCAACUGUUUUCCCCUAUGUUGGAGCCAGGGUUAUGCCCAGUAAGGGGGACGCGGUAUUUUGGCACAACUUACUGCAAUCGGGAGAGGGAGAUUAUCGAACACGUCACGCCGGCUGCCCGGUUUUAAAAGGCUGGAAAUGGGUAUCGAACAAAUGGAUCCAUGAAGCUGGAAACGAGUUCAACAGGCCCUGUGCUAAAUCCCCGCACGUGUGAAAGCUUCUUUAUGGGGACCUUCGAGACUAUUAGAGGACAUGAACUUCAAUUCCUUUCAAGUUUCACGAGCUUUCCGGACUUAUUUCUGCUGGUCGGGUGUAAAGGAAGCGAAUUUUCGUAAAUACUUUGCUUAAUGAAAUUGGAAUAUCGACUUAUAUUCUACUGACGUUAAGGCUAUGUAUAUUUUUAUGAGUUCUGGAUUGCUUUUUCAUAAUGGCAAGGCAUAAUAAAGUAUCGAACUAGUUCGAGGAGAUUUUUGUAAUUAAAAGAAAAUAUGGAUUUUCAAUUGUUGCCUGAGAAUAUGCAAUUUAGCCGUAAGUCAUUGCCGCGUUGCUUAAUGUAAAGGAAAUACAAAAUGUUACUUUAGUUAGCUGGAACUUCGACUCAGGUUCUAGAACUUGGGAAUAAAAGUGAAAUGGGACGAGAGUGCAGUCUCAGUACAAUCUUAGCUUUAAAGUAACAACGUAACUAUAGGAAUUAAAGAUGGAAAUAUAAUAUGAA